GCAGGCAUUGACCCCGGGAAGGUAGAGGGGCAGCCGGGCCUUGGGGAGACUGAUUGCCUAUCGGUCACUGCACGGAGGCCACCAUUUGCCUUGUGAGCGUUAACUGGCCCUUUAAUUCGGUUGAAAAGACUGACCAACAUUUACAUAGCGCCUUUCACAUCCUUAAGGCGUGUUGUAGCCAAAGACGUGUAGACACUGUCAUGAUGUGGGAACCUUGCAGGCAAUUUGAGUUCAGCACGAUCCCACAAAGAGCACUGUGACACUGAUACUGAUGUGCACUUCCAUAAAUUAGUUGCCCAGAGCCAGCAGACGAGGGAAAACCCCUGUCCUUUGUACAAGUCACUGUGGGCUUCUGCUUAUCCACCUGAGGGGUUAGGCUGCACGCAUUCAUAAAAACAAGGGAAGGCAAAGUGUAUAGUUUACCAGGAUGAACCGGGCAAAGGCAGUGGCAAUCCGGCGCCCCAGCAGUGCCAAACCUAGUGGACAUCCGCCCCCUGGGGACUUUAUAGCGCUGGGUUCGAAGAACCAGGCUUCCGAUGCCAAGGCGUCAGGAACACUGCUGAAGCCAGCGCAGACAGGAUUACAGUCUGAUAGGAAACGUGAGGGCUCGUCGGCCAUGGCCUCCGCGUCUGGCCUCUCAAAACGCCCGAAGAUCUCUUCCACUCCACCAUUGAGUGCGCUUGGACGCCUGGCAGAGGCUGCAGUCGCAGAGAAACGGGCCAUAUCGCCUUCUAUUAAAGAGCCAUCUGUUGUACCAAUUGAAGUUCCCCCAGCGUCGUUACUGGAUGAAAUAGAGGCGGCAGAGUUGGAAGGAAAUGAUGAUUGCAUUGAGGGACUGCUGUGUGGAGCAGUUAAACAGAUGAAACUCAACCGAGUGAAGCCAGACACUACACUAUUUCUGAGUCUUAUGUACUUGGCCAAAAUCAAACCCAACAUCUUUGCAACAGAGGGCGUAAUUGAGGCAUUGUGCAGUCUGCUUCGACGUGAUGCCUCCAUUAAUUUCAAAGCCAAAGGAAAUAGUUUGGUGUCUGUGCUUGCGUGUAAUCUUCUCAUGGCAGCCUAUGAGGAGGAUGAGAACUGGCCUGAAAUCUUUGUCAAGGUUUAUAUUGAGGACUCACUUGGGGAACGUAUCUGGGUGGACAGUCCACAAUGUAAGACAUUUGUUGAGAAUAUUCAGACUGCUUUCGGUACAAAGAUGCCUCCCAAAAGCAUGCUGCUGCAGGCAGAUGGCGGCAAGAUUGGUGGUGACCUCAGUGCAGGUGGGAGUCCACAUCCUUCCACACCAGAUGAUGAUGAUAAUCAGACUGAGCUGCUUAUUGCAGAAGAGAAACUCAGUCCAGAUGUAGAGUCAGGCCAGGUGAUGCCCAGGUAUGAGGACUUAGCUGAGAGUGUGGAGGAUUACGUUAUUGACAUGCUUCGCGAUCAGCUCAACCGCCGCCAGCCCAUGGAUAACGUCUCACGGAACCUGCUGCGACUACUCACUACCACCUGUGGCUAUAAAGAAGUCCGUUUAAUGACUGUUCAACGGCUGGAGAUGUGGCUGCAGAACCCAAAGUUGACUCGCCCAGCUCAGGACCUGCUGAUGUCGGUCUGCACCAACUGUUCUACGCAUGGGACAGAGGACAUGGAGGUUAUGUCGAAUCUCAUCAAAAUCCGCCUGAAGCCUAAAGUGUUGCUGAACCAUUACAUGCUGUGCAUUAAGGAAUUGCUGAAUGCUCAUCGGGAUAACUUGGGGACACUGGUGAAGUUUGUGAUCUUUAAUGAGCUGUCAAAUGCACGGAACCCAAACAACAUGCAGAUACUUUACACUGUGCUGCAGCACAAUUCUGAGCUAGCCCCCAAGUAUCUGGCCAUGGUGUUCCAAGACCUGCUCACCAAUAAGGAUGACUACCUUCGUGCAUCUCGAGCAUUGCUACGGGAAAUCAUUAAACAAACUAAACAUGAGAUCAACUUUCCAUCCUUCUGUCUGGGACUAAUGCAGGAACGGAAGGAGCAGACAUAUCUAGAAAUGGAGUUUAAGGAACGAUUUGUGAUUCAGGUGACGGACCUGUUGACCCUGUCGAUGAUGCUGGGGAUUACAGCUCAAGUGAAGGAAGCGGGGCUUGCCUGGGACAAAGGCGAGAAGAAGAACCUGGAAGCACUCCGAGCGUUUCAGACUCAGAUUGCAACUAUUCAGCGCGACGCUGUCUGGUGGCUGCACACUGUGGUUCCCACCAUCUGCAAGCUGAAUCCUAAGGAUUACAUCCACUGUUUGCACAAGGUGCUCUUCACUGAACAACCUGAGACAUACUACAAAUGGGAUAACUGGCCUCCAGAGAGUGAUAGAAAUUUCUUUCUACGAUUAUGCUCAGAGGUGCCACUCCUGGAGGACACCCUGAUGCGAAUCCUGGUCAUCGGGUUGUCACGAGACCUAUCACUGGGACCCGCUGAUGCCAUGGAACUAGCUGACCAUCUGGUGAAACGUGCUGCGUCGGUGCAGGCUGAUGAUCUGGAAGUUCUCCAUGUGGAGAGAAUUCAAUUAAUCGACGCAGUUCUGAACUUGUGCACUUACCACCAUCCUGAAAACAUUCAGCUGCCACCAGGGUAUCAGCCACCCGCUCUGGCUAUUUCAUCCCUGUACUGGAAGGCUUGGCUUCUGCUGUUGGUUGUAAAUGCUUUUAAUCCACAAAAUAUUGGUUUGGCUGCAUGGGAAGGCUACCCGACUCUGAAAAUGCUGAUGGAAAUGGUAAUGACAAACAACUUCUCAUACCCACAAUGUACUGUGACUGACGAAGAGACCCGGAAUGACAUGAUCAGUCGGGAGCUGCAGAUGUCUCAGAGAGAGAAACAGGAAAUCCUGGCCUUUGAGAGUCAUUUGGCUGCUGCAUCGACAAAACAGACCAUCACUGAGAGCAACAGCCUGCUAUUGUCACAACUGACCAGCCUUGAUCCACAGGGAGCUCCUCGGCGGCCACCUCCACAGGUUCUUGAGCAACUUAAAAGCUUGAAUCAGUCGCUUCAUCUUGGCCAUCUGCUUUGCCGGAGUCGCCAUCCUGACUUCCUGUUAAACAUUAUUCAGAGACAGGCCUCGUCCCAGUCCAUGCCGUGGUUAGCGGAUCUGGUGCAGUCGAGUGAAGGAUCCUUGGAUGUGCUACCGGUCCAGUGCCUUUGUGAAUUCUUGCUCCAUGAUGCAGCUGAUGAGGUGACUUCUACGGAAGAGGAAGAUGAGAGUGAGAGCAAAGAGCAGCGAGCCAAGAAACGACAGAGGCAGCAGAAACAGCGACAGCUCCUGGGACGGCUGCAGGACCUUCUCUUGGGCCCCAAAGCUGAUGAGCAGACCACCUGUGAAGUUUUGGAUUAUUUCUUGAGGCGUUUAAGCUCACCACAGGUGGCCUCACGUGUUCUGGCCAUGAAGGGCUUGUCUCUGGUGCUGACUGACUCUGAGAGUAGCCUGCGAGAUGUGGAAGAGCGAGACCAGAUGAUGGAAGAGGACUCCAGUGACGGAGAACCACUCCCUGGCUAUCAAUGGCUGCUGCGGGAUCUUCCCAAACUGCCUCUCUUCAGCAGUGUCUGCACAAUGACUUCUUUGGCACUGCAGCAGGCCAUUCAUGUGGAGACUGAUCCCCAAACCAUCAGUGCCUAUGUGAUUUAUUUGUCACAACAUGCGCCCGUAGAGGAACAGGCUCAGCAUAACGACCUUGCUCUGGAUGUUGCUCGCUUAAUUGUCGAGAGGUCCACAAUCAUGACCCACCUCUUUGCCAAGCACGUCUACCGAACAGAAUGUGAGUCUGUGCUAGUGGCACUGAUUGCCAUCUUCUCGCGUUACGUGAAGCGAAUGAGGAAGACUAAGGAAGACGAGGAAGUAUACAGCUGGUCUGAAUCCCAGGACCAGGUCUUCUUGCGUUGGACCACUGGGGAAACUGCCACCAUGCACAUCCUGGUGGUUCAUGCCAUGGUCAUCCUCCUGACGCUUGGACCCCCUCAAGGUGAGAGUGAUUUCUACCACCUUCUGGACGUCUGGUUUCCCGAGAGAAAGCCACUCCCAACAGCAUUUCUGGUUGAUACCUCGGAAGAGGCUCUACUUCUUCCUGACUGGCUGAAACUCCGGAUGAUUCGCUCAGAGGUGUCUCGAUUGGUGGAUGCCGCUCUCCAGGAUCUGGAACCUCAGCAGUUGAUCCUAUUUGUUCAGUCCUUCGGAAUCCCAGUCUCCAGCAUGAGCAAGCUCCUGCAAUACCUAGACCAGGCAGUCUCCCACGACCCCCAAACACUUGAACAGAAUAUCAUGGACAAAAACUAUAUGGCUCACCUGGUCGAAGUUCAACACGAGAGGGGAGCGACUGGUGGACGCACCUUCCACACGCUGCUCACUGCAUCUUUGCCCCCAAACAGAGAAAAUGCAGACCUGAAUCGACAGAGUUCGAGCCACACUGCACCACAGUGCCCCAUCCGGAUUCGAAGACCAACUCACAUUCCUGCAAUUGGGGCAGAUGAAGACUUGGCUACUCUGUUUCUUCAGCUUUUCCCCAUGAACCCUGACCCAAGGUGGAAGAACUCAAACGCACGCUCAGUCUCACUUAUGCUGCAGCAUGCACUGGCCAAGGAACUGCGACAGGUCCACCAGGGAAAGGUGGAAGAAACCGGAAUUGCCAUCCGACUGCUUCAAGCUAUCUCUGCACUGCUGAGCUCCCCGCACAGCGGAGCCUUUAUGUUGUCCAUGACCAGGAAUCAUGUUAUCGCCUGCCCUUUAAUGAGGCAACUCCAUCUGUAUCAGAAAUGCGUGCCAGAGAAUUGUGCUGCUGAGUCCCUAUUCUACAAUGUUGUGAUGCAGAUGAGGACAUGGUUGGAGAAUCCUGCAGUGGAAGAGAGUCCACUUCGAGCACUACUGAAAUCCCUAGCUACUCAGUGUUCACUGAAACACAGGAUGGGUGACGUUAGAGCUGGUUUCCGGCACCUGGCAGAACAACUGACCUACCGGCAGGACCAGGAACUGAUUGAUUCAGCCGUGCAGGGAAUAAUCUCAGCUCUGAAGGCUGGAGAGAAAUGCAAUGUGGAGCCAGAGCUAAAGGCAAGAGUUUUAAAGGGUUUGAUCGAGAUCCAGUCUCCCUACUUAGAAGAACUCUUGACUCUUGUCCUCACUGCCAACUCAGAAACCGACACAAAGCAAGUUGGUUCGGAUCCAGUAGCCCUGAUAACCAUGCUGCUUCAACAGGAAGGAGAAGAGUCGGCUGUGAAGAUGGAGAUCGACAAUGACAGUGCAGAGAGGCUGAAACCUGUAUCCGCGUCAGGACUGUUUAUUGACUGGUUUGAGCUCUUGGACCCUGAGGUUAUUUCCUGCUGUCCUGAUCAACAACUAAAGCUCCUGUUUGCCGAUCACAAGAUAACUGGUCAGCCAGGAUUGCAGCUACUCUCAUUCCGACCCUACCUUUUGGCUGUCCUCAUCCACCAAUCAAACUGGACCACAUUGCACCAGUGCAUCAGCAUUCUGUUGAGUAAGCACGGGGAGCUCAGGCUUGACCCCACAGCGUGUCUGGAUUUUCUCUCGGCCUGUGUGCAUAUUCCAAGGAUCUGGCAAGGACGUGACCAAAGAACUCCCCAGAAACACACCAAGGAGUAUGUCCUGCGCUUGAAGAAGGCGGAGCUCAUCAGCCUGGUAGAUAUCAUUCUUUCAGAGUCCGAAGUGAGAACCUGCAACGGGUCGCAAGCUAACAAAUCUGCUGAGGAUGUCACGGGCACCCUCAUCCAGUCACGGCUCCCUUUGCUGCUCAGCAGUUGCCAUGGCAAUUUGGCUAAUGUCAAGAAAGUGACUGAGUAUUUGAUCAGUUGCAUCAAACAAUGGGGAGACAGCAGUGUGAUGGGAAAGCGUUGUCAGAAUCUGCUUCUUCAAAUAUACUUCCAAGUUCCAGAGGUUAUCCGCCAUGUCAGUCUCCCAGAGUCUGUGCUCACCAGCGAUGGCACCACUGAAGGAAGUACCUGCAAGCUGGAUGCACUCGUCCAUCGGUUACUGACGCUGCUCGCGGACACCAAUGACUCGAAAACAUCGGAGAAUCGUAUGGCUGAUGCCAACAUGGCCUGCAGAAAGUUGGCAGUGGCACAUCCGGUUUUAUUGCUUCGACACUUGCCAAUGAUUGCUGCCCUGUUACAUGGACGAGUUCAUUUGAAUUUUCAGGAGUUUCGACAGCAGAACCAUUUGAUCUUCUUCCUGCAUGUUCUGGGGAUCCUGGAAUUGUUGCAGCCGUAUUUAUUUCAGAGUGAACACCAGGGGGCGAUGCAGGACUGCCUUCUCUCCUUCAUAUUACUCCUGCAGAAUUACGGGAAGUACUCCAGGUUCAUUGCUUCUUUCAUCAAUAAAUGCGUGCAUUUUAUUCACAAGUUUAUAACCUACAAUGCAGCAGCAGCAGUCCCAUUCCUUCAGAAACAUUCAGAUGUGCUCCAUUACCUUUCACGGGAAUAUCCAGAGAUGGCUCUGCUGAAGUCCCUGCUGGCUGGAUUAACGCUCCCAACUCGGAGUGGACUCAUUGAAGAGAAUGCAGACGAUGAGGACGGGGAGGAAGAAGCAGCUGGCUCCCUCCCACUUGUCAGUUUUUCUGCUACAACGCCGAUAACCUCAGCUGAAGUGGCACCGUAUCUUCAAAAGAUUGCAAGGGGCCGUGCCCUGGAAGAUAUUCUGGAAGUCCUGAAUGAUAUUGAUGAGAUGUCAAAGCGUCGAGUGGAGGUCCUCUUCUUCUUUGCUAAUGAUCUACAACGGUUGAUGAGCUCCCCAGAAGAACUGUCACGAAACGCAGCAUUUGUCUUGGCUAUGCGGAGUAUCCAGAGCAAUCCACGUACUGCUGCAGAUUUUCUUCCAACCUUCAUGUACUGUCUUGGCUGUGGAAAUUACGAUGUGGUGCAGACAGCCCUGAAGCACCUUCCAGAAUAUGCGCUGCUCUGCCAAGAGCAUGCGGGAGUCCUCUUACACAAAGCCUUUCUGGUGGGGAUGUACAGCCAGCUCGACACAAGCCCACAGAUUGCAGAGGCCAUGAAAGUUCUGCACAUGGAAGCCACAACUUAAUGAUUGAACAGUAUAAGUGAACUGUGGACGUGGAUGCAAGACUAAACACGAUUGAAGGCGUUGGAGAGGAAAUACUUUCAGCACAAAGUCAUUGCAGGCAUCUUUAUACAUUCCACAAGGAAUCAUCAGGAAACUAUGAAUCCAUCCAGGAUGCUUCUGCUCAGGAGGACUUUUCACUGGAGCCCCAGUACAAAUUCCACCAAAGCUACUGGGAAUCGAUAGCUAAAACAUUGCAUUUUCUCAUAUGAGUCGAAGUGCAAUGAUUGUUAUCAGCCCUUUGCAAUAUUUCUGAAAGGCACAGAAUCAAGUUGAUUUCUCUCUCUUUCUCUCACUUUUUUCCCUCUUUUUUUUCCUUUUUCUUUCUUGCUAUCUCUGUCUCUGGAUAUGCAUAAUAAGGUGCUGACUAAUUAAAUUCCAUUCUCAUUUCCCUCUUUUCCCCCUCUCUUUCGGUUUUCCGCUUCUGUACUAUUUUCUCAUUUGGGUGAGGGCUUGGUGGGAGCGUACUUCAAUGUCUCACUUCAGUAAAGGUGCGUGGGCUUGUUUACGAUGCAGAGUGAUGCCCACAGCAUGGGCUCAACUCCUGCACUGGCUGAGGUUACUGCGAAGAUCUUGCCUUCCCAACCUCUCCCCUCACCCGAGGGAUGAUGACCCUCAGGUCAAACUCACCACCAGUUGUCUCUCUCUAAUGAGAGCGGCCCUAUGGUCCUUUGGGAUUAUGGUGAUAUUACCUUUACCAAGUUGAGAUGUCCACACAUUAUACAUCAAGAAAAGCAGUAAUGUUAGUGUACAUCUCUUUCAAGCUAGCAGCUUUGCCAAUUUAUCUUUGUAGCACAAACCUGGGUUCUACCUUUUCAACCUACUACAGAGUAGGGGGGCACAGCUGGCAGAAUUGCUUAACAUGACUUUAGCAUCUGUGGUGAGGUGCAAUUAUGACCCUUCCUAAUUAUAACGAUCAACAUCACUAGCAUUUUUUUAGCUAGGACAUUACAGACAGAUUUAAAAUUGAUAAACUGCCAAUUGAUAUCUUCAAAUAAAAUUCUGCUGCCACAAGUCAGCAGACACAACUGUGUUGCAGAGAGGCACCUUAGAAGGACAGUACUAUUGACUGAAGAGGUCUUGUGAAUGUGUGAAGUUGUGUAGCACAAGGAAAAGGAGCAUUCACUCUACUUAAAAUACCAGCAACAUGAGACCAACAAAGAAAAGUAACUUGGCUCCUUAACAUCUGUUAAAACAUGAAACUUUUGUCAGAAAUGUUUUUAUAAAAAUUGAUGUUUGACAAUAAA